AUGAUACUCGCUAUUGGCCGGAAUUAUAUAUACCGUACUUAUUACCACCUAAGCACAAAAGACAAGCUGGACGACCAAAAUCCGUACGCAUUAGAUCUACCAUGGAUCAAGGUCGUGAAGGAGUACCAUGGAUCUAUCACGGGGACUGAUAGGCAUGUUUGGCGAAGAGUAUGUGAUAAUUUGUUAGGAAUAUCUCCGGAAUCCUUGCCUGGAGGGUAUAUUAGAUUGAAGUGGCUUAAGGAGAGUUUUGGAAACCCGUUGCCACAAGAUGCACCUGAAGUGAUGAUCCAACAGCAUGCGAGAGCAUAUAUUAUGCACAUGAUCGGGACACUUCUUUUUCCCGAUUCAAGUAAACAUAAAGUCCAUUUGAGGUGGUUACCACUUAUCGAAGACUUCGACAUGUGCGGGACAUUAUCCUGGGGUAGUGCUGUUUUAGCAUACCUAUAUCGAGAAAUGUCAAAGGUUGCUUUAAUGCAGAAUAAGGAGCUCAAGGGUUGUUUAACUUUGCUACAAGUUUGGGCAUGGGAAAGAUUGGUUUUGAAACCACGAUUAUGCGAGAUCCGAGAGUUAGAUGGACAUAUUCCACUAGGCUGCAGAUGGAAUGUCACAAAAGCCUAUGAUGAGACCCCGGCUAGGCAAUUAGAUUUUUACAGAGGGGAGCUCGACCGGAUGAAAAUUUUUCAGUUCGAGUGGCAGCCAUACACCCCUCACCUACCUCGUCUACCGCUGAUUUGUAUGGAGGGCCACGGCAUAUGGAGGGCCAGAGUUCCUCUCGUUUGUUUCGAGAUUGUGGAGAUGCACGUACCCGAUCGCGUGUUUAGACAGUUUGGACUCGCGCAACAUGCUCCACAAUAUGUCGAAAAAAUAGAGAGAAAGGCGACUAAAGGUGGACAUCAGAUUGACUGGAGGCGCACGCAUCAAUCAUACAUAGCUCGGUGGAAUGAUCGGCAUCAACUUAUUGUCGAUCCGCUUUAUCCUCCGAUGGAAGAAGUUGAUUACAUUAAAUGGUAUUGGGGGAUUACCAGACGUUGGAUAAUCACUCAAACUACGCCUCCAGUCGACGAAAUCGAGAUUCGCUCCCAACAAUCCCGAUAUGUACCAAGAGGGGUAGAUGAGCGACGAUGGAUAGAUGCUAUGGAUGACGUCGAGGGGCUUGCAAAUGAGGGCAUAGUUACCGCCACAGGAGAUUCAGUACAUGUAUCGAUAUUGCAUCGGAUAGUGGCGAGAGUUCGUAAAGCUUUUCAACAAACUUAUGAGGAUCGACAUGAUGGUCGUGAGCAGGUGGAUCUUGACGAUACUCUAUAUGUACGCCGACGUAGGCGCGGUAGACCUUGCACGCACGACGAUGAAGCCGGUCCGUCACAGCAAGCCGGUCCAUCACAGCCCCACACACAACCGGAGAGCGAGCAUAUUCAAGCUCAAGUCGAAGGAGGACGCCGACGAUCUCAAUAA